CUUUUGCCAUUUACGUUGUAUAAAUACAUUGGCUAAUACUUACCAGUAUACAAAUAAUCCCUAAAUUAAUUUGUUAAUGACUGGAUAUUAAUAAAAUUGCUCUUUAUAAGCCGGACAUCCGCGAUGGAGUUUUUAAUGUGGAUCUUUGACAAGUCCUAUUCAAAUAAAACAUCCCGGGAAAGCGUGCACGCUCUUUUUUUUCCCUAACAUUGCGCAGGAGGCGUGGACCUCUCCACUUUUGACAUUUUCUCCGCAGUAGCUUCAUUCCUUAAGGCAGACUUGCAAACUUCUAUGACAUCACCCAGCCACUGGAUGGGGGAGUUCGCAUUUAAAGGAACAACUUUCCUGUGGAAAAACAUUAUUAAAAUACAGGAAGAAGCUGUAAAAAGUCAAUAUUUUCUUUGGGAAUGCCGCUCUGUUCUCACAGCUGCACCAUAAUGUGCUAAUAGAUCAAGCCUUUUUGUAUCUUGUCACUGGGAAUUGUGUGUAGUUUCGAAAUCAUUGGAGUAUCGUCAGAAUCUAAAAAGACUACCCUUUCUUUCCGAGCAGAAAGAGUUCUAAACAUUUUAUUGUGUGAUUGCUUCUGUGCUUCUUACAUACCUGCUUGUUGCUGUUUAUCGGAUUCCAAAGCCUUCAUGGCACCUUAGUAUAUGGGAAGGCUUUCAGAGGGCUGGUUUUCUUCUCUAUGGGCGACAACAGUCCUCUGUCUCCUAAGGCAAACGCUUUCAGUGUCGCCUCUCUGAUUUCAGCGGCAGAACAAGCAGGAAACGUAACAUUGGACGAGCAAAGCACCGGCCUGAACAAGCAUUGCCAACACGAGCGCGCUCUCGGGGCUCCUAAAAUGCAUUACAGUAGUGUCACCAGGGAAAUGGAAGCCUUCACGACUAACAGCCUGAGCAGCCUGAACGCACCCGGGAGUUACCACCUCUCGCCAUCUCCAGGAGAUCCCUACAGCCAGCAUGAGACACACUACGAGCCCUGCUCGGCAGCACAGCACGGCUACAGCUACCCGGGAAGCACAAGUGGAGCUCCAGGACCCCAGUCGGACAGUGGGUCCUCUAGCUGCUCGUCAGUUUCGUCUGCGAACUCGACACCGAACAGUAAGCCACCCGUAAAGAAGAACCCCAAAGUGGCCAAUAUUAACGUGCAGCUGGAGAUGAAGGCUCUUUGGGACGAAUUCAAUCAACUGGGGACUGAAAUGAUUGUUACCAAAGCGGGAAGGAGAAUGUUCCCUACAUUUCAAGUAAAAAUCUUCGGAAUGGACCCUAUGGCCGAUUACAUGCUUUUAAUGGAUUUCUUACCUGUAGAUGACAAACGAUAUCGCUAUGCUUUCCAUAGUUCGUCGUGGUUGGUGGCUGGGAAAGCUGACCCUGCCACCCCGGGACGUGUGCAUUACCACCCAGAUUCUCCAGCAAAAGGAGCCCAGUGGAUGAAACAAAUUGUAUCAUUUGACAAGCUGAAACUGACUAACAAUUUACUGGAUGACAAUGGGCAUAUCAUUCUAAACUCAAUGCAUAGAUACCAGCCGCGAUUCCACGUGGUCUACGUCGACCCCCGGAAGGACAGUGAAAAGUACGCCGAAGAGAAUUACAAGACUUUUGUGUUUGAGGAGACCCGCUUCACUGCAGUCACUGCCUAUCAGAACCACAGAAUCACCCAGCUGAAAAUUGCAAGCAAUCCCUUUGCAAAAGGCUUCAGAGACUGUGACCCAGAAGAUUGGCCCCGAAAUCACAGACCAGGAUCUCUGCCAAUCAUGAGUGCUUUUGCCAGAACACGAAAUCCCAUCUCAUCUCCGCCACAGCAGAAUGGCACAGAAAAAAGGUACUUCAGACGGGAUUUUGAUAGGGACCCCAGUGGAACUCCAAUUCAUGCUGACCCGGCUCACCAGCUCAUGUCCCGGGUGCUCAGUCCAGGUCUUCCUGUGCCAGGUGGACUACAUGCGGUACCCCUCACAACAGGCAGGCCAAGCCCACCCCAUGAACUGAGGUUGGAAGCACACCCCCAGCCGCCGGAUACAUUACAUCACCAUCCGUACAAGUAUCCCUCUACCUAUGAACACUACCUGGGGGCCAAAACACGGCCAUCCCCCUACCCACUCCCAAGUAUCCGGGGGCAUGGCUAUCACCCUCACAUGAACCCAGCUACGGCAAACAUGUACUCUGCCAGUGCACCUGCAAACUAUGACUAUGGGCCGAGAUAAAGAGCUACACCAUGCUCUCUGUAAGGCCAGGCAGUGCGGCUUGGACAGAAACAAGAUUGCUUAUGGGGUAAUGCCUAGUCAGAAGGUUUUUCCAGGAAAGUAGUUGACCUGUGGUGAAAGGAUAAUUUGGGGCUGUGAGCUGAGCCUUUUAAAAGACAAAACUGGCCAUGUGUGGAUCUUAUCCAAAGAGGGGAUGAUUUAAAAAAAGAAAAAAAAAGGGAUAAAACACCUCUCCAUGAGUGCUGGAGUACCUUUGAAGACUGACACAGGAAACUGUCCAGUGAGUGAGACUGUCAAAGGCAAGAGGAAGCAGCGUCUCGAGAUCAAUACCAGCCUCUGAUAACGGGGGGUGAUUGAUAACCUCAGGCUGGAAUUUCUUCCAUUGUGUUGGAUGCACUUUUUUUUUUCUUUCGUUUUUUUGACUGCUUGAAAGAAGCCAUAUGUUGCUUUUUUCAGACAUGCUAAGCUUCAGGACCCUCCCUGGUUUCUGUUGGUGGUUACCAAAACAUCCUCAGACCAGGAGGAAGAGGCUGCACUGAGUCAGACCUAACAACUGCCACAAGGAGUACCUGGACUCAAUCUUUACUGAAUAUUUAAUGUAAAUUAUACAACCGUUUCCACUGUAACAAGAUGCAACAUUUUACUAGAGCUUGUACAGCUUUGAUUGCUGUGACUGACGGAAACUCAUUCAGCACAAAGAUGGGUCUGUGAUGUCAUUUGGAAUCUGUAUUGUCUCACACAAGCCUGCCCGAUGGCCUAUGGAGAUUUGCUAGGCCUCUCUUCUCCACAUCCCCAGUACUCAAGUGAACCCCUUUUGUUGAGUCAAUGUGGCACAGAGUGGUAUCUUCUCUCUCUCUUUAUUUCGUGCGCUCUCUCCUCACGUUACAGAAAUAGACAUCCCUGCAUACAAGGCAUAGAUUAACUAGUGCCAAUGCUUUGAGUGCACUGCUAUUUUCACAGGCCUCGUAUUUAUUAUUUAGAGAUUCUCAGUGACAUAACAAUUCAAAAAGAAAUGGCAGGCACCCAGAAACCUGUAGAUACUUGUAGAUAAACAUGUAGAUAUAUGUGUAGAUAGUGCUGCUUACUCUUUAAUAAGAGGAAAUUGAUGGAAAAUAUGAAUUUUAUAAAAGUUUUGAAAAGAA